AGAAAAGCUCUAUUACACUAGCAUGAUUGUAUUUAUUUUUUAUUUUUUUCGCAGAUGCCACUCAGUCUUGUAUCUAAUGCAGUGAAAUGCAGGCCACUUUUUUUCUUUCUUUUUUUUUAUCAUAUAGUGUACUAAUGUUUCUGUAAAUUAUAGCAAGUCCACAGCUGCCCAGCAUCAAUAUUUAUGGAGGUGAGAGGACGGGUGACACCAUCACAGUAGUAUGUUCAGUUUUCCACACGUGUCCAUACAGAAAACCAAACAUCAUUCUGAAUGAUAUAGAAGGAUCUGACAAAAUCAAGGAUGAGUCUAUUAAAGAUGGCCUGUGGAAAAUCACUCUGACACGCACAGGUGUCGUAAAGACAGAAAGCUUGAGUAUUAAGUGUUCAGUAACACAUUAUGGUGGCAUAAAAGUAACUGCUACAGAGGUCAAAAGUGCAAAAUGUGAGUAAACACAAAUAUGAACUGCUUUGUGUGAUAUUAGCUGUAAGUUAAUUUGAAAUGUUACAUUGUAAUCUAUUACAAGAUUUCAGUUCAAUUUCAGGUGUUCAUCAUAAAAUAACGAUUGAGCCUGAACUGGCAGAUGUCACAGAGGGUGUCGCAAAGAGCUUCGUUUGUAGUGUCCACCAUUCCUGCCAGAAAGAGAAUCCAACCAUCACAUGGAACUAUGAGAACAUGCAGGUCACAAAGAGGUUCAUGUGUGGUAAUACCGUGCAGUUUCAAGAUGAAGGAGGAAUAUCUCACUCGACUUCAGGUUCUUUGGGUCACCGAAAAGGGUGGCUAUAUGUUCCACACUAACCCAAGCAACAUCUUAUACAACUUCAAGGGCCACACAAGACUCCUCGGAAACCCGGAUGAGCAGAACUGUACUGUGGAGAUGGAUAAUGUUCAAACUCAUGACAAUGGGCCGUUCUGUUUUCGAGCAGAAAGAGAGCUGGUGAGGAAAUUUAACCACUGACUAAUUAAAAUUCAAAACAUUCCAAAACCUGUAAUGUCAUCCGUCCCUGAAGACAUCGAGCACAGGACACGCGUCGCUGUCAAAUGCUCAGUCAACCACACAUGCUCCACUCACCCUCCUGAAAUCACCUGGAGCGUCCCAACAGCUCGAGAAACUAUCAGCCACAAUCACAUGGGUGGAGGCGUCUGGGAAACAGUGUCCGCUGUGACCUUUAUUCCAACUGGAUAUGAAGAGAAAGAUGAAAUUGUCUGCACUGCCAACUUUUGGGGCGGUAAAACACAGGAAAAUACUGCCUUCCUGCUUCAGUGGCUUAGAUUGGAGACUCUUGGCUCUACUGUCAUUGCUCCCUCACUUGUGUUCAUCCUCAUUUGUGUACUUGCUGGUGUCUUCAUAUAUAAAAUACGACAGAGACAACUUCAUCCAGAUAUGCAGGGAUCACGAUCACAAUCUGAGAAGUAUGCACGAUAA